UUCAAGGCCCGGCGCAUGAACCCCAUUUCGGGGAUAUAUCACCGGAUGCUGUCCAGGCAGGACUACUACUAAGCAGUCAGCUGGGUGAACUGGCUGGCGACCCUGAUCUAACUCUGCACGUUUCCUCCCAUCAUCUUCCUUCAAAAUUGAUGACAGGCUGGGGAGCCUAGGAUACGACCGCCCAUGGUCGAGAACAUGGGGGCUUUCUGCCACUGGAAAUCAUUCCUCAGUCUUCCACUUUUGAUUAUUGGUUUUAUCUCAGUAUACAGGGCCAGACCACAGUACAAUCCCGAGGCCGUCACACUUCAUGAUGUCUUAGCCAGCUUUACGAAAAGAGGUCAGCUUGCCAUAGAGCUUUUCCCUCCAUUAUCACUUGUUAUUGGCUCAUUGCCCAAUGCUCGUCUACUUCUGAACAUUGCUUCACAAAUUGGAUGGAUAUUUGUUGGAGUAGUUUAUGUGAGCAGGCUGCGAGUCCACAACACGGAGCUGCAGAGCAACUUGUCCGGAAAAGCGGCAACAUGUUUUUUAGUAAUUCCUAUUAUCUGGUUGUCCAACUGGACUGAAAUUGAAGAUUUACUUCCAUUGCAGAACGACAUCGCUGAUGCAUUGUUGACAAUGUCAAUCUUGAUGACUCUAGCUUACAAUCACACCCCACGAUGGUUGCGAAUUUUGUCUUUCCUUGGUCUCGGGGAAACUCUCAUCUUCGCCAGCUGUGCAAUUGGUUGUAAUUCUAUCGACUCGCUUGCAGCAUACAUUUUGAUAUUCCUGACAAGGGCAAUGUCAAUUGGCAGGAGGAUUGCAGAUAGAAACUGCUCGGCAGUUACCAUCGUCCGGAACGGGGUCUUGAGUCUAUCCAUUGCACUCAUUAUGUGUCCCUUAUCAUCCAUACUCCUUCACGGAGCACUUCUCCCAAUAUCAGAAUCGGUAGCUGGUGGUAACUAUAAUCUACGUUAUCUCUCAGCAGCAGCUCGUCGAGACAUCACUCUAUUCCCAGCCGUCAGGCCACCCUCAGCACGAACUGCACCUGAUUUCCGUCCCCGACAUGGCACACAAUAUACCUUGUAUGUUCCAGGAGCUGGAUUCUUCUGGAGCGACUCAAUGAUGUGGAAACAAAGUAUCCCAGACAGCAUCCAAGACUACUCUAGUCCUAGCGACGAAGUAAAACAGUGGUCUGUUGAAGGCUCCUACCGGGUUUUCUUUCAGGACAAAUUUCUUGAAAGAUACAUAUGGGAGAUCCAGGAGCUUUCAGAAAUGCCACAAAGCCUUCGAAAGCAUCGGAAGCAGUGGAAGAUAUCUCCUGGGGCUACCGUCCGCUUGUUUGAUCCAAAAGCAACCAGAUAUCUCUGUGUCAUUGCUGGCGAGGCAGUGGUCAGUGAAGCAGGAUAUUUCAGUAAUGUCGAUGGAGAGCAAAGUCUAGGCAGGAUUCGUGUAGGCACAUAUCCAAACCCCAUGUCUCCUCACUGUGAAUGGACGGCUUACUUCGACUCAAGAAGUGACGAUGGAAUACGCCUCUACAACGAUGAGAGCAAGUGCGGGCUGGCUACUACUUUCCGAUCGGUGCCUGAUUCCAAGCUCAGCCUGGGUAAUGACACCGCUCUUCGCGUGAUGGAUCUCAAACUCGAGGCUAGCUGUAACACUCAGGCUAGCCCAGCUAGUUCAAAGAUGUUCCUCAUCGAGAGUUCUACUCUCGGUCAAGGACGGAAAUCAAAAGUAUCUUUGGCAGACAAAGAAAGUGCUAUCGCAGCUGUCAGUUACUGGCGGAGAGGCAUGCAUUAUUUCGAGGCUCGGUCCAGGCUGGCGCGAUUCCGCCAAUACCAUAGUCAUCUCCAAGAAGAGGCUUUGGGGACUUCAAUAAAUGCUCUCGAGGGAGAAACACCGUCACUAGAUUUGUCGAAGCCAGAGGUUGCAAUUUGUGUCUUGUACAUCACCGUGUGGAUGAUGAGAUUGUUGGUCCGGCAACGAUACCCAGAUGCCGCAGCCAAGGAAAACUGGAGCAACGCGCUUGGAGGUCUCUUCGUGUUUUCUCACAUAGUUUCCUACUACAUCUUUGGCAUGAAGAUAUUACAUUCUUCUCGCGUCGCUGGAAUGGUGAGUUUGUAUUGCCUGUUGGAGUAUGUAUUGCAAAUUAUAUAA